GUAAACAAAUCGUAAAAACCUCUUUCGAUAGGGAAUCAGGGAGAAGUUCAAAGUCGUUAAAUGUUCUUAUGUAAACAAACUUUUGAUAGGGAAUCAGGGAGAAGUAAAAAACACUAUGUACACACACCUGUGCAAACACAUUCCACACUUUUAUUGCCGUACGUUCCAAACUUUACGAGCACACUGACCGGCAAGAGACACAGAACAGAGAGAAGGCACUGAUGAUCAGCCGAUCUGAUAAGCGCUGAACCAGGAUGUGCUGCUGCUGCCCGUCUUAAUUACUGCACAGACACACGUGCAUUUGCAAAUCUGGUCAUUUGCAUUGCCGCUCAUUUGCGUUUGGCAAUUUUGAUUUUCUCGCUAAUUGCACACGGUCUGCUUUUUGGCCUGCAUUUUAGCGAAGUCUGACCUCGCGGUAUUUCGUCGUGCUUUUUUGUGUGGCUGUGCUUUGGUUGUUUUUUCUUUUACCGUUCUUAUUCUCGCCUGCAAUAUGGACACACCUGCAGCUGCAUCUGACGGCCAGCGUCGAUCCCCGCGUAUACAGGAGAUUGCUGCACGCACAUCACCGUCUGCACCAUCGGCAUCCAUAACAGCGGCCACGGCACCAUCAACUGCCGCGCCUGCGAAUGCUGAACGGCCGUCUUCCGCUUCUACGGGCAAUGGUUCUCCAGCGUCUUCUGCUGCAGCACCUGUGGCCCCGCCGUCAUCCUCAGAACCGAUCGCCGGGGCCAGCGGUGUACAGAAGGCACCAAGGCGACGUCCCGACCACGACCCACGGAUCAAAAACAGCGUGAAUGUGGGCAAGCGAAUGCCUGUGGCACCCGUGGAGGAUGACGAAGAGGAAGAAGACUCGGAAGAAGAAGACGCUGAAGAAGAAGAAGAAGACGAAGACGACCAAGAAGAAGAAGAUCCGCAACCGCCUGCUAAGCGACGCCGCACUGGCGGUACAAGUGCCACAAGCGUCGCAGCGGAACCAGCCGUCGCGGGAGUGUUUUGUGAAGGCAGUGUUGCCUAUUUCGAUACCACCAACGCUGUGCUGGUUGAAACUCCAACUCAGACUUUCGUUUCUGGGCAGUGGCACGGACGCUUCUUGAUGCCAGUCAGUAACUUCCGUGGCGCUGAUCUCUCCGGCAUCCCUAUUGCGGGUCCUACGCAUCCCGAUCGCCGCUUGCCUGUGGGGGACGUCGAGGAGAAAAACCGCGCUUUAUACGAACGUCAUAUGGAAAAGUGCGAUUGUACGGGGCUACGUGUGUGGCUAUUGCUACGCCAAGGCUGA